GGUGUUUGCAGGGGGCCAGAUUCUGCACUGGCAGAUUACUGAUAAUUGUCUCCUGACGUGCGUUGGUCGAAGGACACGAGAGUGAUUUUGAUGGGACGACCAAGCACUCCACCAGAUGCUGACCUCGGCGCCCCCAGGCCAGGCCAGGGGACAUGUUUACACAGCAAGACUUUGUAAAACAAAACUUUGUGCAAUGUCAAACAUCACCGUUCCCUUCCAAACAAACAUCCUCUUCACGUUGCGGGUAGUACGUAUUCCAAGUAUGUGCCGGCUAGGCCCGCAUCCGAGCUCGAGUUCCCCGUCGCUGGCUUGUCUCCAGCACCCCGGAAUGCCGAUCAGCGGUGUGCCGUUGUGGCCCGAGCUGUGCCGUGGUGGGGUGGGGGGAAGGAGGAACGACUGUGGGGCCUUAGGCUUGACAAUAGAAAUCCCGCCGGUCCCCCCUGCCUACGCCUUAAUACGCGCUGAUGUCAGUCUGACUGAUGUGGUCCCUUUAACUCCACACAUCAUCCUCGGAAUCCCUCUAUCGAUAUCGUCGCUAUCCAUCGGCGCCGACAGCGAGGCAUGCGACACAGUCGGACAUACUGUACUGUCUGACUCUGAGCAGCGGCGCUUUCUUUCCCUCUCGCCUCGGGCCUGCUUCCGCUGCAGCCCUCCCCCUCCCCAAAGCAUAUGCACUUUGCCAACCCAUAGCAGCGUGCUAUUCUUGGACUUGGCGAACCCGUUUGAUCCAGUGCCUGAUUCAGCGCGGCGAGUUUGCUCUGCUGCUGUAUUGAGCUCCAGCUGCCAAACACCCACGUCACCACUAACGACGUUUCGAAACACUCGAAAACACAAAUUACCUCAUCUACCAUUCGCGGGCACGAAGACGACAACGUACCCGCCUGCCCACCCGCCGCCACCGUAGCAAUUAGUAUUUGUCUUAUCCUCAGGUCCACCCCCGGCUCCAGCUACUCCCUCCCUGGAACUUCUUCGGCAGCGUCACCCGUAACGGCGGACAUUUCCGCCAACAAAGGAGAAUUGACCGCCCUCAUCAUCAGUGAUACGCUGAUCUUUUUUACUUUUAAAUCCGCCAUCCUCCGAGUGGCCCGCCAUUCCAGAACA